GUUAUAAUUAUUUACUUCAAUCAUACCGAUAUCUUGCUGAUCAAAUUAUUAAAUACAAGUUUUCUACAAAAAUGGUUGCGAUCAGAAGCUUCAAAUUGCAACAAGCUUCAAGUCAUAAGCAAUGAUUGAAUGGAUUGGGAUAAUUUAUUGUAGUUCCGUCAUUUCUUGUAUGUGUUCUCUUCUUGCUACUACUUUUUGCUUGUCAGCAACUGGAGGACGUUUACGAAGUAAAUUAAAAAGACGAGUUCAAGUAAAAGAUGAAGAUGGUUCGUCAGAGCACCGGGGUCUGCCGGAUAAUAAGGAAAUAUGUGAGGUAGAAAAAACUUUCAGAGGAAAGAGUCCUCCAGAUAAUGUAGUUCUUCAAUCAUCGCCUUGGCUCCGGAGCAAUUCCGAUUUUGAAAAAAAUAAAUCAAGAAAGUUUGUAGAAAUCGAAACAGACACAGGAGAAUUUCCGUCAUCAAAUAUUGAAAUUCAGCCAAUAAAUAUUUCCAAGGAGGAGUUGAAAAAUCUAUCUCCAUCUUAUUUUCUCUAUAAAAACGCUAAAGGUCCCACAUCUGGAUGCUGUGAUGUAACAAGCGAAAGCGAAAUUAAUAAAACUAUUGAUGACUCCAAUACCGUAUUUCAAAACUACAAUGAAUUUAUUUCAAGGAAUACGAGACAAGAUUUAAAUAAUAAAAUACCACAAUCUUCAGUUCCAUUUGAAAUUCCAUACACGUGCAAGAAGACUACGAAUCAGGGAACGAUGACUGUGCCACAUGAUUUUCAAGUUUUUGAUUCUAAAGUAAAGUCGAAGAUUAAAAAAUGCAAAUGUAAUAAGAAAGGAUUCAGAAAAAAUGAAAGCACUCAGAGUUUCAGAAGUAUGAGAAGCUGCACUUGCAGUUUAAUAAAAAGUAAAAGCGAUUUGCAUCCUGAAAGAACUACCACAUUGAAAAAUUGUAAAUCUAUUUCUACUAUAAAAUUUUCAAGAGAUUCAAAACAUCGUUUGACUUCAAAAACUUCCUGGAUUUCGAAAACUAUGAGGAGAUUAAGAUUUAAAAAUAGAUGAAUAAAAAAAUGAAGCAGUUGUUCAGAUUUUUAUGGAAAAAUGCAAAGGCUGUCAAAAACAAAUGUUCCGGUAGAAUAAAAACUUUGGAUUUGUCGUAAUUAUUGUUUCCUGUGAAGUACAAAUAAAAGUAAAUUCUAAAAAGAAUCACUAAUAUUUUUCGGUACAACCUUUUUAACUCGAAUUACUGAGAAAUGAAUAUGUAAAUUUCACUCAUCACUCAGAGAUUUUUCACUGAUUUUUAGACUCAGUUGAAAAUGUUUUACAAAUUCUUUGCCGCAUACUUUUAUUUAUUUGCUUCUGGUAUAGUAACUUUUAAAUCAGAUUGGAGAUUUUCAGAAGUGAAUGAAAAUAUAAAUCGAAACGAAAUGACCUGUAUUGAAUGAAUUUAUAACUUUUUCAUAUAAUGCGAUAUUGAAAUCAACCACAGCACAUUCGUAAAUCAAUCCCAACCCCAUAGACAUCGACACAGCAAUUCCCUGCGGGGAACAUUGACACCGUGAACGAACUCCCAAGAAGUCACACACCCCAGGAUGUAGUUUAUCGCUACACACGUGAGAUAAUAUGCCUUCGAUUUUCCAAUUCUUCUAAACGUCGUAAAAAAAAUAUAAUUCUAUAAUAAAGACACGUUUUGAAAUAAUAGUGAGUGGUUCACCAAUGUGUAUAUAGUGUGCAUGUGUAUAUAGUAUACAG